GCUAUGAAUCUCUCAUUCAACAUUCGCACAUUGUCUGCACUCCUUGGAUCAACCUGUGUAUAAAGCUCAUAAGCCUCAAUCAGCCUUUGCAAAAAAACUUUCCGGACUUUCAUCUGCUUCCUGCAUCACCAAAGAAGGCUUCGACAUAUUCACAGGAGGCUUUCCAGCCUUGCGAAGAGCCUCCACCACUAGAUUCUGAGAUUCCUUUAACAAAAUCAUAUGUGCUGGAUUUUGUGCGUUCCAUUCAGGGUCCUUUUCUGGUGCCCUGGCUUCCAUCUCUGGCUGUAUAUCCCGCACAGCUGGCAACCUAUCCUUCAAGCACUGCCUAACAGCAGCCUUCCACUUCUCCCUUUUCCUCAGGAGUCAACAAAGUAUCUAACAACUGUUGCACAUCCUGCCACGUUCUCUUUACUUACUUCUCCCCUCACAUUUACAGAGAGACCUUCCAAAUCCCUUCCCUCCUUGGGGGCUGACAGCCUCCCCUUUGUUUCUGCCUCACAACUGGCUGCAUGUCCCCAGGCACAGCAGAAGCAGUCAGCCCAUCCCCAGACACAGCAGCUGCUGCAGCCGGCAAGGGGGCACCUUUAUCUCUUUCUUUACAUCUGAUACCUUAGUUUCUAAAAUCUGCACAUCCCUAACUCUUUUAGUCUCAACCUGAAGCUUUUUUUUUUUUUUUAGAUCUAGCCACACACAAACGAACCAUUUCAGCCUGACAUUGCAAUAAGUCAUCUGCCUGCCCUGCUACUGCAAUUGCUUUCACUAUUAGGAAAUUUCUUCUCAGUUCUAGGUGGCUUUUCUCCUCGAUCAGUUUCCAUCUGUCGCUUCUUGUCCUGCCGUUCUUCUCCUAUGUCUUAAGUCUCCAGGCCUUUGAUCAUUACAUUGGCCUCUCUGAAUUGGCAAGUCUGAGUUGCUUCGAGGCCCCGCCCUUUCCUGUCAGCGAAAGUGAAAGUGGGAAUCAGAGAGGUCACACCCUCACCCUAGCCAGGCUGCAAGAAGACUCCUUGGGCAGCUUCCUAGCCCGAAUCUGGCAACGGGGCUUGUCACAGCUUAGGCAGCAGCUGCAAACGAAGGGGAAGGUAAGGGGACUCAGAUAUUAGGAAAUUUCUUCUCGGUUCUAGGUGGCUUCUCUCCUCGAUUAGUUUCCAUCUGUUGCUUCUUGUCCUGCCUUCUGCUGCUUUGGAGGAUGGGUGGACCCCCCGCUCUUCUUUGGGGCAGCCCCUCAAAUACUAGAAUUCUGCUAUCAUGUCGCCCCUUUCUUUAUGUUCUUUACGCUAGCCAAACCCAAGUCCUGCAGCCGUUCUUUUUGUAAGUCUCCAGGCCUUUGAUCAUUAAAUUGACAAGUCUGAGUUGCUUCGAGGCCCCGCCCUUUCCUGUCAGCGAAAGUGAAAGUGAAAAUCAGAGAGGUCACACCCAGACUGCAGGAAGACUCCUUGGGCAGCUUCCUAGCCCGAAUCUGGCAUCGGGGCUUGUCACAGCUUAGGCAGCAGCUGCAAAGGAAGGGGAAGGAGCAACACGCAGGAGCUGAGCCUGGCCAUGGCUGAAAACAUUGUGGAGACCCCAGCCCUGGGCCGCCCCUUCCAGCUGGGGAUGCUGUACGACUGCCGCACGGAUGUGCUCAUCCCAGGCGUCACCCUUUGGGACUACAGCUCUCUGCAGAAGGACCUGACCAUCAAGCCUCAGCCCAAGACGGAAUCGGAAAUCAUUGCGUCCGACAGCAUUGAUGACAAGGCCUCCGCCCUGGACAUUUCAGGAUCCCUCAAGGCCAGUGUCCUGGCAGGGCUGGUUGAAGUGGGAGGGUCAGCUAAGUAUCUUCAUGAUACCAAGAAGUCCAAGCAACAGGCCAGAAUCACCGUUCAGUACAAAACCACCACCAGGUAUGAGCAGCUGACAAUGAGCCAUCUCGGAAUCCAGAACGUUUCCCAUCCAGGAGUCUUUGAGCAUGGGACAGCCACUCAUGUGGUCACCGCCAUCCUCUAUGGAGCCCAGGCUUUCUUCGUCUUUGACCAAGAGGUUUCUUCAACAGAGAUGAUAAAAAAUAUAGAAGGAAGUCUCCGGGUUACAGUCACGAAGGAAAUAUCUAUCGGAGGAGGAGCAGAGGUCAAAUACAAUGAUGAGGACAAAGAGAAUGCUCUGAAGUUCAGGUGCAAGUUCCAUGGAGAUUUUUCUCUGGAGAAAAAUCCAGUCACUUUCCAAGAUGCCAUGAAAGUUUACGAAACUCUACCGAAAAUGUUAGGGAAAGAUGGGGAGAAGGCUGUUCCUGUGCGGGUCUGGCUCUACCCGCUGACCAAGCUCGACACCAAAGCAGCUAAGAUGGUCCGUGAGAUCAGCCUAGAAUUGGUCUUUGAUGCUGAGAAAAUCUUGGAGGAACUCAACGAAAUCCAGAUGCAAAGCAAUGAUCUAGCCAACGAUCCCAUUGCCGAGACCUUCCCUGAGAUCAAAGAGAAGAUCCAGCAGUUCAAGGAUCUGUGCAAGCAAUAUAGGCAAACUUUCCAGAAACAGCUGGCCAGAGUGUUACCUUCCAUCCGGGGAGGAGGGCAGGAGGAAGGGACCCUGGUGGACAUCUUGACGUCCAUCAACCGGUCACCCUUCAAUAGCCAAAGACUCCGUGAAUUUCUAGACACCAAGAAAAGAGAAAUUAACUUUGUCAAAUCUUUUCUGACUAUUUUAAAUAAGAUACAAAUUAUCUCAUCUCAGAACAAGUUGGAAGAAAUAGUUCUCGACCCUCAGAAUGGAUACGUGGUCUCCUUUAUAUUCACUUCUUUACACGAAGAGGAGCCGUUUCUCUUGAGCUUAUGGGACAAGCUUCAGGAGCGAUUCUUGCAAGAAUCAGCUAAGUCCACCAGAUCCACUCCUGGGGUGAAGAAAGGCAAGGCCUGGUUUGAGGACCAGGAGAAGACCCACAAUGCUCGCCAAGCGGCCAAAUCCAUGAAAGACUUUUUCACUGUCAACCAAUCGAAUGAGAAGGUCCGCUUUGUCGUGGCCUCACUCCCAGAUGUGGAGACCCCAGGAGCCUCCAUUUACCUUUAUGAAGACAGAAGCCUGGUCAGCAAGAAUUUGAGUUGCCCUCAAAACCUCUCCCUUUGCAGAUUACUGAACGGAGACAUAACAGCAUUCAGCUGAAGUUUCAGCCAGCUGAAUAUGGAAAGGCUGCCAU